GUAAGAAUAAAACUUUUAUAAAACUUGUUUCGUCUUUGUAAACUGUUGAUCAUAUGUAAAUGGAGUAAUUUGAAAGAUGAGAUGAAAUGAGAAAACAAGAUGUCUUUCCGCCGUCAAAAUUUGUGGCCGAAUUCGACAACAAAGACAGAAGAUGCUGUAUAUACAAUAGUGCUCCAUCCUGAUGUUAUUUUGUUUAAAGCUGGUGGCAAAAUACAGGGUGAUGUGUAUAUUUGCUUUAAAGACACUAAGGAGAAGAUCAGCUUCGACGUUUUAAAAAUAUACAUCAAACAGAAUGUGAAUUUACCUGAGGGGACUAGUUCUAAGAAAAAUGUGACGUCAAAGGUACUUGAUGAACAAAUUUUGGUUGAUCGAGGCAAAAGUAGAGACGAUUACGACCUUUACAUCAAAGAAAUCAACAAUUCAAACGAAAUAAGAGUCCCAUUUGAGUUCUAUUUGCCUAAAGAUAUCGCUGCCUCGUUUAACUCGAAACAGCUAACGACGUGUUAUGAGUUAAGGGCGGAAAUCACGGAAUUGCAUCUUUGUGGAGAUAUUUGUGAUAUGAGUACGAACCAGCCAAUUGAAAUCAAGGAAUUCUUAAGUGAAAAUUUCGGGGACAAACUUCCAUCUGCGCAGGUUCAGCAGACGUUAAAUUCUCGAUUAGUCACUUUUUCUGCCAACACAAAUAAAGCAGUCUAUCACACUGAUGAUGAAAUGAAAAUAGAUAUUUUGCUCGAUGUCCCAAAUUUGAUUGAAGUGAUGGUGCAGUUCGAAAUAGUUCAGAUGAUCGAGUUAAAACAACAUUCGCAAUGGGAGACUAUUACUAACAAACUAAGAGAAACUUAUCCAAAUGAUAAGUAUGAAAUAAUCAAGGCUUCGCAGGUGAUGUUUUUAGAAAAUUCCGUUUUUAGUUCCCAACCAUCUGUGUAUCAUAGUGAUUUUAUACAAGUAACUUACGCAGUCAGGAUCACAGCAUAUAUUUAUAAUGACCAAAUAGAAAUUGAGAUUCCAAUAAUGAUAGAACGGGAACAUGCUCUUGGAAAUUUAUAUCAAAAAGCUGUUUCCACAGCUAAUCUGCCAUUAUUACCAUUAAGCGUAACGGUUAACGAGCUUAAAUCAGAUGGCUUGCAGUCGUAUAUCCCACUGAAACAAAGUUAUGAAAAUCGGAGACUAUCAGUACGAAAAGGGAAUUUGGAUGGAUUGAACGCCAUUUUAACUAUCGUUUCAGAGUCGUAUAAACCGUACACGAAAGAGGAUAAAAUCAAAGGUUAUGUUUAUCUAAAGAUUAAAGACUAUGAAAAAGAUUUGGAAUUUAGUAAUUUACUUAUUAUCUUAGUAGGGGUAAAGAAAAAUAAAAAUGGUAGCACGUUGCGUUCAAGAAAUGGCGAAAUGUUCUUGUACCAACGAAAAGUCUUGAAAGGCGAUAAAAAUGAGAAUGUUUCUUUGAUAAAAUUAUCAGGUAAAUCAGGCCUAUUAGUUGUUGAGUUUGAGUUUGAUCUGAGUACUGUUGCCAAACACCUACCCCCGUCUUUUAAUUCUAAUGACGUCAGCAUUUCGUAUGAGUUAAAAGCCGACGUAUUUAACCUAUCCAUCGGAAAAUCAAAAGCAUCAAUGUACACUACUUUGCCGAUUAUAAUCAAAGAGGAUAGAAGCAAAAUGGAGAUUGAUGUUUCCGGUCUUCGAAGCCUGUUAAAGCUUAACGGGAAAGAAAUCUCUAUCUUUUUAAGUACCGAUAAAUCGAUUUAUCAACAUAAUGACGUCAUUCAAGCUAGAAUUAAUAUUGACAACAAAUCUAAGAAACAACUGGCUGUAAAAGUUCAACUUAUUCAAGUUAUAGAAAAUGUGGGUUUAAGCCGAGUUGUCAAGGAAACUGUAGUUUCCAAUCCUAUUAUUUUGUUAAUUCUUCCAAGAAGUAAACUAUUGUCCACUGAAGCAAUAUCGUUAAAAAAUUCUGUCUUCCACUACCAACCUACUCUUUCACAGUACGACAACAUGCAAGUAAGUUACAGGAUAACAGUUGAAGUCCCACUGUUGAAUGUAACGGGCACAAAAGAUGGUGUGCCUAUAAAAAUAAUUCGGAGGUAUGGUCACGCAGUUAAAGAGUUAACAAGAGAAGGUUACCCAUUACUUCCUAUCACUUUGGAAUAUUAUGGCCGGGAGAGAGAGCGCCUACCAACUUUCUUAACUGAAUAUUCAAAUAGAGGUAUAGUGAAGGUCAUGAACAGUUCAACUUGUGUGGACCGAUGGAAAGGAUGGAAGGUGAAAUAAUUCUAAUUUAUUGCAGAAGUAUCGUAUCACGUUAACGCGAUUUGAAACUGAACCAAGACGAAAGCUAAAGUUUCUGUCUUUUGACAUGAUUUGUUUAGCAGGUAAAAACAUUGGGAAAAGAACAUAACGAUUACAUGGUAAUUCGUAAUUAUCAACAAAAGAAGAUAUUUAGUAUUAAUGAAUUCCACCAUUGAUUUUCCAUAUUGGAUUGUAUUUCAUUUUUUGAACAUAACGUGAAGUGUGUGUUUAAGAGCAAUUUUUAGAAAUAAUAAUCGCAGCUGAGUGAGCUUUACAGAAACAAAAACUACCAACAAUUUGAGAUUAGAUUAAUAUUUCCUACAUAACUUUUCCUAUUCAUAGUUAGAAACAAGAGAUCUGUAAAUGUAAUGUUCGGAGAGGCUUUGAUACGCUAGAAAUUACUACUUUUGUACACUGUAACUGAAAGUUUGUGAACAGCAAAAUUUCUAGUGUUUUUUUUUUAUGUUUAAAAAACUAGUUUUCCUACAAUUUUUCAUAAAAAAAAAACACUAAACUGAAUAAACAGCUUUUUGGACCUGUCAAUGCUUCUAGUGAUUUUGUGAAAUAGCACCGAUAUGUGCUGACGUAAGCAUGCCUCGCUUUUCCAAAAUUUUAGGCCUUUUCAAGUCACACUGUAGAUGUUUCGUAUUCCGAACGAGCAACGUGCGCAUCUUAAAAGUUGUUUACCUGGCUUUCGCAUGUGUCAAAAUAGUAAUAGAGAAUUGAUGCGAGUUUCGAAUUUAGGGAAUUUGAAAAAAUGCCGUUUUUUUCACAUUUUUACCGAGGAUUGUAGUUUUUCAAAAGAAGUAUUAAAUAAGUCAUGUUGUUUUUAAAUUUGAAUAUUUUUUUAACAAUGACAUGGAAAGUCAAAAAGGUUGGAAUAAAAUAACUCACUAAAGAAUGGAGACGUAACUUGAAAAAUAUCAGAUAGACACAAUUUUUUCUGUAUAAAAAUAAAGACUCUAAACUUAACGUCAACAAUAUACAACAGCUACAAAAAGAAUUUUUUUGCCUUUUGUUUUUACAUUACUUACUUUUACAUUACUUUACAUUUCGUUUCUUUGUUUUUGUUUUUGUUUUUGUUUUUAUUGUUCAGUUUAUUGAAUUAAAAAUGAUAUUAAUUGUGUAUUGUAAAUAAUAGAAAUAUGAU